AAACAAGUAUUUAUAACUAAUUUAUUAUUCAACUUUGGUGUAAUAAUGGGUUAAGUGGAGCAUUUGAAUAUUAAGUUAGAAGUACUAGUUUCCUCAUUCUCAGCCACUGAUAUUGCAUGGGUGAAUACUAUUGCAUAAAGAAUUCGUUAUUUUAUAAUUUUGAAACUCGAGAUAUAAAAUAAUUCAGAAAAGUUGAAAAGUUGUGUAUGACAAUUCAAGAUAGAUAAAUGGAGAGAGAAAGAAAAGUUGGAAUAAGAAAUAGUCCGUAUUAUAUAAGGAAAGUCGAAAACACAUGGUAAUAGGGAUAGGGUUAGUCAGCUCCUCCGCCUUCGCGCCUCUGCUCUGCAGCUUACAAAUCUCAGAAAAUGGGAUGCAUAUACUCCAAGGCAUCGGUGAGCAUCAGAGAAGAGCUGAGACUGAGGCAUAGCUUCCAAAGUAGAUCCGCAGCAUCAGCGUGGGAAGAAUUACUAACAUCAUCACGCUCCAAUGCACGAACUAGUCGGGAUGGCAAGAGAAGCUUGAGCUUCCACACAGUGGAGGAAUACGACGCCUUGAUUCGCGCUCAACAUAGCUUUGAUGUGAAGAUGCAAGAAUCAAGGUGCGAUGUGGCGGUGGAAAUGGGGUCCAAACGCAAGGCGGUUGCAAGAGGCCUCAAAACGCUCGAGCUUGAAUUUCCAGCCAAUGCAACUCUCAUUUACUCUCCGGGGACUUAUGUUACCCCUAAAUUUGGGGGCUACAAUGCUCCUGUGCCACAAAAUGCAGUCUUCAGUCCCGACCUGAUUGCUGCUUUUGAAGAUUGUAUGCAACACCUACAGCUCGAAGAAGACACCAUACUCGAACAUAUGUUUCACCAUGACUAUUCACUUGCAACCUCAUCAAACAUCUACAACCCAAUUGACUUAUAGUCACUCCUACAUUUCUAUUUUCACUUUACAUACUCAAAUUCCACAUCAAAUUCCAACUGUGUUACUCCCAAAUUGCCUACUCCCUCCAUCCCAUUGCAACUGACAUGCAUUUCAUUUUGGAUUGUUCCAUAAAAGUUAACUCUUGAAAAAGUGUAAACUCUCGUCACUUUUAAUCAAUUUACAUUUCCUUAAUUCUCGU